CAUAACCACGCCGUCCACAACGCCAUUGCAACAAUGGCACCCAAGCUCCAAGCGUUAGCCAUGCAAUGGCAGCGCGCCCUCGCCAAGCCAAUCGUGGCAACCCCGACACAGUUCCUCCUCCCCCAACUGCAGCAACAAACCAGGAACGCCCACAUCCUCGCCUCGCUCUCCGAUAACCCCGGCGCCUACAACAAGAAGAUCCGUCGCGGUCGUGGUCCCGCUUCGGGGAAGGGAAAGACGUCUGGUCGUGGUCAUAAGGGUCAGGGUCAGCAUGGAAAGGUCCCUGCGGGUUUCAACGGUGGUCAGACGCCGGAGAUUAUUGUGCAUGGUGAGAGGGGGUGGAAUAAUGUUUUCGCCCUCGACCUCGCAACCGUCAACCUAGACCGCAUCCAAUCCUGGAUCGACCAAGGCCGCAUCGACCCAACCCGCCCGAUCACCAUCCGCGAGCUCGCUCAAUCCCGCUGCAUCCACCAGACCAAAGAAGGCGUGAAGCUCCUCGGCCGCUCCGCCGACGCCGACACCCCCACCGACGCCUCCGCCGAGACCCAGGCCGCCACCGGCAGCAGCAGCGCCCUGAAGCAGCCCAUCCACAUCGUGGUAUCGCGCGCCUCGGCGUCCGCCAUCGCAGCCGUCGAAUCCGCCGGCGGCUCCGUGACCGCCCGCUUCUACACGCGCUCCGCCAUCGCGCGCAUCAUGAAGCGCGAGAUGCACCCGUUCGUGUCGACGGCGUGGACCACCGAGAGCGGCAGCGACGAGCUGCACCGCGCGGACGGCAUCCUCGACGGCCAGACAACCGAAGUGGCUGUUAUGAGCCAGAUGGGUUUCAAGUACCGUCUGCCGGACCCGACUAAGCGUCGCGAUAUCGAGUACUACCGUGACCCUGCCCACCGCGGGUAUCUCAGCCAUCUGCUGAAGCCGAUGGAGGGUCCCAGUUUGUUCUUCCGCAGCCCGGUUGAGAGGAAGUCGGCUGCUGGUACGAGGAAGGAGAAGGUGUUGCCUGAGAACAGACUUUGGUAAGGGUAGUUUGGUGCCUGACUGUUUGGUGUUAGCGCUUUUCUAUCUGUGUAUUUUGGUAGGGUUUGGUUGAUGUCUUCCUUUUUUCUUUGUUAUAUUGGAUCCUUGUAUAAAUAUCAUUUCUAGAUCUUCAUGGAAUACGCUUUG